UAUUCACAUAAACGCCAUUUUAAGGCAAAUAAACUACAGCAUUGUAUAUUGGGUUGCCUAAAACUGGCGUCCUGAUGAAUUUUCGACACGUCAACCACUUGACACAUGCGCACUCCUCAUAAACCGUACGUGUCAUUUAGUAAUGUGCCGGUGAUUUGUUUUUAAGGGAAAUAAUGUCCAAAAUAUCUCUAUUAGCGGUUUUUAUUGUAAGCAUAAUAACCUUAGAAUGCUCCCAAGCAAGUGUGGGAGGUUACUUUUCUGAAAACGAUGCAAAAAAAUUCACUGAUAUCUUGAAUAACGGGCUUAAACAGCAGGAAGAUGUAACGAAUUAUUAUCACGCCGCCAGGGGGCUUAGUCUGCUGAAAAAACCCAUUGAUGUGGCUUUAUCGAAAAACGCUUGCAGCUUUUUGCAGAAGUCUUUUAAGGAGGGUACCCCCGAGGCGACUUUUAAGGUCUUAAAUGCUUGGAUUUUGUUGAAGUGCGGCGGGAAGUUGCACAAUGAAGCCCAAGUAAAGAACAUUAAGGCUGUAUUGGAGGAUAAGGCUUCCAGUACUGAGUCGGUUCGUUAUGCUCUUGAAGUGUUGGCAACUAUUGGUGAAUCUGUACCUAAUGCCGGCAAAAUUGCCAAAAAUAUCCAGGACAAACUGAGGGAAGAUGAUAGUUUGCCAAGUUUAGGUCAUGCUUUACAUGCUGGUGUUUUAUUGGGUAAUGAAGGUAAAUUUGUGGCUGAUAGGAUUCAAGAAAUCGUCGUGCAAGCUGAUGAGAUUGAUGGUAAAUUGUUGCAAUGGGAAGGCGGAUUGACCACCACCUCCCUAAUCAUCACAGGUUUAAUGCGUAAUUCGGCUGCCGGACAACAUUUGAAUCAAAAACAAGUGGACAAACUAGCGAAUUACUUGCUAUCGAGAAAAACCGUGCCCUCGCCCAAGGGAGUAUGGGCUCUUCUGGAAGCGGCCGAGGCCCUCAACUCUUACGCCUUGUUCCCGGUCUGCAUAACAAUCGACGGCGAACCGUUCGUGACGGCGGAAAAACCCGACCUAAAGAUACGCGUGUCGAAUUUGUUCGGUGGGGCCGUCAGAAGCAAAACCUCCGUAACCCCCGUGGUGGCGCAGUCGGCCACCAGGAUUUCCGACGACGUCGUUGUUCUAUCGAAACAAAGUUUAAACCCCGGCACCACGCAAACAGAAUUUAUCUUGCCCUUGAAGUUGACCCCCGGCCACUACAGAAUCCAGCUGACGGCCGGAAGCAACACGCAGUCCGUUGAAAGUAGAGUAUUGGGACCCAUCGCAGUGCAAAGUCUCGAAAUAGGGUUGAUGGACGCCGACGGUAGCUCCGCCCCCAAACUCAACAAACUGCAACAUCCGCAAAAACUAACCUCAAUUUUGCAAGGCGACUCCAGCCAGCAUUUGGUGGUCAAAUUCACUUUAUCCCGCAGCGUGCACCAAGCUUUCAUCAGAUUAUCGUCACAGAACAAAGAGAUAAUCUUCGUCGGCGAGGAGGAAGCCGGUAAGUUGUACAAAGUGGAGAUCAACUUGGGCAACGAGCUCUCGCAAUCGGGCGACUUCGACAUCGAGUUGAUCCUGGGGGAUUCCCUGGCCACCAACUCCAUCAGAUGGAACCUGGGGGUUAUAUCGGUAUCCCUCCCGUCGGCAUCGCUUUCCGCCAAAACCGCCAGAGGCCCCAAACCCGAGAUAAACCACCUGUUCAGAGUCGCCGACAAACGCCCUGCAGAAGUGGUCUCUCUUCUAUUCACCGCUCUAACUUUGUCGCCAAUUCUACUACUGCUGAUUCUUUGGGCCAGAAUUGGAGUCAACAUGGGCAACUUCUCAGUUCUAGCCGUUCCGUUUCAUUUGGGUUUCGGCGGUAUCUUGGCGCUCUUCACUUUGUUCUGGUUGAAGUUGAACAUGUUUACCACGUGCGCUUGGUUGAUUCCCAUCGGCGGUUUCACGCUGUUCUUCGGUCACAAGUUGUUGAGCAGCAUUGCCAGCGGCAAAAAACCAGAGAAGGCUGAUAAAUAAGUUUUUGUUGAUCGUUUUGUUUUCAUUUGUGUGUGAUUUUCGACAUCCAACACCUCACCUCUAUUGUAUGUAUGAACUAGUAAAUACAUGUGAUUUUUGUAAUAAAUUAUUAUUAAAA